GGGAGGCGACCGUCGUCGUCAGCAACAGCCGCAGGCUCCGGGCUGAGGGGAGCGGCGCUGCCUCGCCUCAGUCGGAGCGGGAGGGCAAUGAGCCAGGCGAAGCGGACGUAGCCCAGUCAGCCGGUCCGCGCGGCGCUGUGAGAAGCGACUGUGCUCGUCGCGGCUCUUCUCGGUCCCCGCCGGCAGAGGCCGCUGAGUGAGGCUGUGGCGGCGGCGGCGGCUGCUCCAUGUCCCGCAAGGCCAAUGUGGAGUAUACUUUGCGGAGCCUGAGCAACCUGAUGGGGGAGAAGCGCCGCCGCCAGCAGCAGCAGCAGCAGCAGCAGGCGGCGCCCGACACGGCCAGCCUGGGCGAGCGGAGCCUUAUCGCCGCCGCCGCCGAGUCCUGUUCCAGCCUCCACAGCCAAGCGUCUACCGGCGGCAGCGGUGGCGGCGACUGCGCGGAACUGGAGCGGGCGGCUCGGCGGCAGUUCCAGCAGGAUGAGACGCCGGCCUUCGUCUACGUGGUGUCGGUCUUCUCCGCGCUGGGCGGCUUCCUCUUCGGCUAUGACACCGGCGUGGUGUCCGGAGCGCUGCUGCUGCUCAAGAAGGAGCUCCGCCUGGACGCCCUCUGGCAGGAGCUGCUGGUCUCCAGCACGGUGGGCGCCGCCGCCGUCUCGGCGCUGGCCGGCGGGGCGCUCAACGGCUGCUGCGGCCGCCGACCCUGCAUCCUCCUGGCCAGCCUGGUCUUCACGGCCGGGGCUGCUGUGCUGGCCGCGGCCCAGAACAAGGAAACGUUGCUGGGGGGCCGCAUCGUGGUGGGGCUCGGCAUAGGUAUUACUUCUAUGACAGUUCCAGUAUACAUUGCAGAAGUUGCUCCACCCCAUCUGAGAGGCAGAUUAGUUACUAUAAAUACACUCUUCAUCACAGGCGGCCAAUUCUUUGCAAGUGUGAUAGAUGGAGUCUUCAGUUACCUUCCAAAGAAUGGAUGGAGGUACAUGUUGGGCCUUUCAGCAGUUCCAGCUAUAAUACAAUUUCUAGGCUUCCUCUUUCUUCCUGAAAGUCCUCGCUGGCUUAUUCAGAAAGGGCAGACUCAAAAGGCACGUAGAAUUCUGUCUCGGAUGCGGGGCAAUCAGACAAUAGAUGAAGAAUAUGAAAGUAUCAAGAAUAAUAUUGAAGAGGAAGAAAAAGAAGUCGGUUCAGCUGGACUUGUGAUCUGCAGAAUGCUGACCUAUCCUCCAACUCGAAGAGAAUUAAUUGUGGGUUGUGGUCUACAAAUGUUCCAACAACUGGCAGGGAUUAACACAGUCAUGUACUACAGUGCUACUAUUAUGCAGAUGUCAGGUGUUCAAGAUGACCGGCUUGCAAUUUGGCUUGCUGCUGUGACAGCAUUAACUAACUUCAUUUUCACUCUGGUUGGAGUUUGGCUGGUUGAAAAAGUGGGCCGUAGGAAACUCACACUUGGAAGUUUAGCAGGCACUACCAUUGCUCUUCUUGUUCUAGCUUUGGGAUUUUUGCUGUCAGCUCAGGUUUCACCACAGGUCACUCUUAAUCCUGAAGACCCUUCAGCUCAGAACUCUAGCUGCACAAAAUACAGUUAUUGUAAUGGGUGCAUGCUGGAUCCAAUUUGUGGCUUUUGUUACAAACUAAACAAGUCGAAUGUUGUGGAGUCCUCCUGUGUUCCUGUUAAUAAGAAGUCUGCAAUGGAGGCUGCUUGGGGCAGAUGCUCAAAUGAGACCAGACUCAAAAUGGAGGACACAUUUUGGGCUUAUAAUUUCUGCCCUACACCAUACUCUUGGACAGCACUCAUGGGACUUAUUUUAUAUCUAAUUUUCUUUGCACCAGGAAUGGGACCAAUGCCUUGGACAGUAAAUUCUGAAAUAUACCCUCUUUGGGCUAGAAGUACGGGAAAUGCAUGUUCUUCUGGAGUCAACUGGAUUUUCAAUGUCCUGGUGUCACUAACAUUUUUGCACACAGCUGAGUAUCUUACAUACUAUGGAGCAUUCUUCCUGUAUGCAGGAUUUGCUUUUGUGGGACUUAUUUUCAUCUAUGGCUGCCUUCCUGAGACAAAAGGGAAGAAGCUAGAGGAAAUCGAAUGCUUGUUUGAGAACUCACUGUGUACAUGUGGUAUUUCAGAUUCAGAAGACGGGCGGUAUGUUGAAUAUAUUCGGGUAAAGGGAAGUAAUUAUCAUCUUUCUGACAAUGAUGCUUCUGAUGUAGAAUGAUUUUCAGCUGCUGGUGUAUCUAAUCAUUUAAAAGCCUUGGGUAUGGGAUGAAGGAACUGCUCUUGAUGCCCUCACAACCCUGCUUCUGGUCUGAUUCUCUUUUCUUCUCAUAAGUUUAUUGUUCUCAACCAUGUUUUUUUGAAGUGAAAUUCAAUAUUAGCCAAAAGUGAUGGCUUGCAAAGGGGAGAAGUUAUCCCGUGACAGUAUAAGCAUUACGAUAGCAUGGAUGCUGUUUUCCUCAUGUCCUCAAAACUGUGAUACCAAAUGUAAAUGAUGAAAUACUAAGCUUAGUUUUCAGUCUUGCAAAAACAUGUGAAAUAGAACAGCUAGCCAGAAACCAGAUGAAUCAUAAAAGUAUGGUUACCUGGCAACCAAGAUUUGGAAUAUUUGGUACAAAAGUGUUCAGCCUGUUACGAGCUAAGCAGGAAAGAGAAAUCCACUGCCUGCUGUGGAAACUUAUUCCUCAAAAAGCAAAUUAACAUGCGUGGAGACUGUGGGGUUUUGCAGUAUUCCUCUUGCUUCUCGUUUGAUUUUUAAAACAUGCCUCCCUUUCACAAGCACAAAUCUCUGUAAUUGUUUCACUUGAGAAACCCUUUGCAAUUUUGCAAAGAACUAUUAGAAAUCCUUUUGAUGGAAAUUCAACCAUUAGAACAUAAGAACAUAAGAACAAGCCAGCUGGAUCAGACCAGAGUCCAUCUAGUCCAGCACUCUGCUACUCGCAGUGGCCCA